CCAGGCGGGAGCUCGGAUCUCCGCCCCGCGCAGUCCCACUCGAGCGCAUCGAACCGCGGCGAGACCGGAGCGCAGGGGCAGCAUGGGGGUCACCCUAGGGUACUGGGACGUCCGCGGGCUUGCUCACGCCAUCCGACUGCUGUUGGAAUACACGGACACUCCCUAUGAGGACAAGCAAUACAGCCCCAGUGGGGAAGGUCCUGAUUAUGAUACAAGCCAAUGGACUAACGAGAAAGAGAAGCUGGGGCUGGAUUUCCCGAACCUCCCCUAUCUCAUUGACGGCCAGACCAAGCUCACGCAGAGCAAUGCUAUCCUCCGCUACGUAGCGCGCAAACACAAGAUGGCUGGCGAGAGUGAGGAGGAGAUACAGAGAGUGGACAUGCUGGAGAACCAGGUGAUGGAUUUCCGCCUGGCCUUUGCAAGGAUCUGCUACAGCCCUGACUUCGAGAAACUGAAGCCGGAGUACUUGGAGCAGCUGCCCGGGAAGCUGAAGCUGUUCUCCCAGUUCCUGGGGGUCCGGAAGUGGUUUGCUGGGGAGAAGCUCACCUAUGUCGACUUCCUCGCGUACGACAUCCUGGAUCAGCACCGCAUGUUCGCGCCCAAGUGCUAGGAUCAACUAAAGAAUCUGAAGGAUUUUCUUGACCGAUUUGAGGCCCUGGAGAAGAUCGCUGCCUACAUGAGUUCUAGCCGCUCCAUGAAGACUCCCGUUUUCUGGAGAACUGCCCAAUGGAGCAACAAAAAGGAGUAGGCUCAAGUGGAGCUCAGCAAAUGUCAAACAACUCUCUUGGCAUUGACCCACUACAGCAUCUGAGAAGGAGACGGAGACCCCUGGAGCCCCUCUAGCUUGCGAAGUCCCAUUACACAGCAAAUCAGUAACAGCUGAAAUCCGCAAGCCCUGUUGUAAUCCUUCCCACUGAGCUAGCUGCGAUUCCCACUUACUGGCUAAUGAGAACAUUUUGGUGACUGUAGAGUCGUCUCAGCUUAUUGACUUUCCUGGUUUCUGUUUGUUUUUUAAAAAUAGAUCUCUAGGGAGUUCUGAUGAGGAGACCCUUAGUUCUACUUUUAAACCUCUUCUGACUUUCAGCAUUUAUCCCAGCAUGCAGGCCAGUUCCUGCUUCCAUUGGUGCUCUUCAGAUGGCCAAGUGGCUCGUUGACAAAGGGCUCUGAAUUUCAGAGGUGUUGAGCACCUACCACUCCUUUGAGCCCCUGUGCAUAUGAAAAUAUAAACAGAAAGAUAA